CAUGAGGAACCAGAAAUAAAACACGAAGAACCAGAAACCUGGAGAAUAAAACACGAGGAACCAGAAAUAAAACCGGAAGAACCAGAAACCUGGAGAAUAAAACACGAGGAACCAGAAACCUGGAGAAUAAAACACGAGGAACCAGAAAUAAAACCGGAAGAACCAGAAACCUGGAGAAUAAAACACGAGGAACAAGGAGAGUUCAUUGAAGAAAAAGAGGAGAACGAAGAAUCAAGUGAAGUUGAGGAGAAAAAUCAUGUAAAGACUGGAGGAACACCUUUGAGUUGCUCUCAAACCAAACAGAAAGAUUUAAAGAAAAAAAGAGUCAAGAAAUCUUUCACCUGCACUCAGUGUGGAAACAGAUUCACACGUAAAACAAGUUUUGAGCAUCACAUGAGAGUUCAUACUGAAGAGAAUUCAUUCACUUGUGGUCAGUGCGGUAAGAGUUUCAAACAAUCCGCAAACCUGAAGAUACACAUGAACAUCCACACUGGAGAGAAGCAGCACUCAUGUGAUCAAUGCGGUAAAGUGUUUUUUUGGGCUUCAGUUCUGAUGAAACACUUGAAAGUUUGUGCAGAAGAGAAGCCAAAUUCAUGUCAUUUGUGUGGUAGGAGUUUUUUGCAUCUACAAAGUUUGAAAGAACAUCAGAAAAUACAUACUGUGAGAGAGUACAUGUGCUUUGAGUGUGAAAAGACUUUUAUUUCAGCGAGCCGUUUGAAACAGCACCAGAGGAUUCACACUGGAGAGAAACCUUACAAGUGUUCACAUUGUGACAAGAGAUUCCGUGUGUCAGUAAAUCUGAAAACACAUGAAAGGAUCCACACUGGAGAGAAACCUUAUAAGUGUUCACACUGUGACCACAGAUUCAGUGAUUCAACAAGUCUGAAAACACAUGAGAGGAUUCACACUGGAGAGAAACCUUAUAAGUGUUCACAUUGUGACAAGAGAUUCAGUGGUUUAUCAAGUCUGAAAACACAUGAGAGGAUUCACACUGGAGAGAAACCUUAUAAGUGUUCACAUUGUGACAAGAGAUUCAGUGGUCUAACAAGUCUGAAAACACAUGAGAGAAUCCACACUGGAGAGAAACCGUAUAAGUGUUCACAUUGUGACAAGAGAUUCAGUCAGUCAAUACAUCUGAAAACACACGAGAGGAUUCACACUGGAGAGAAACCUUAUAAGUGUUCACACUGUGACAAGAGAUUCAGUCAGUCAAUACAUCUGAAGGCACACGAGAGGAUUCACACUGGAGAGAAACCGUAUCACUAAAAACAAAAUCUGAAAAUGACAACUUUGCGUUUUCGUGUGUACAGCCAAUCUGUAUAUUUUGUGAAACAAUGUCAUCACCCCACGUCUCGACCCUACUCAGACAGUGCUAGAUCAUGUAACAUCAACAACAAUAAUGGAGGUCUACAUGUUUGUGUUCAUUCUGCAGAAGCUACUGUGCCUAUUAGCUUUACUAAACUUACUAGCAGAGCUGCACAAUAUUGGAAAAAAAAACUCCACCAGAUGACUUGA